AUCGCCGCCACCGGAGUACGGUGGCGGCGCCACCGCACCGACCUUCUCCGGCCACCGCCAUGGGCGGCGCCUCCAAGCUCCUCAUGCUCCUCUCGACCCCCUUCUCCCUCAUGUACCCCCGCCCCUCCGCCCUACGCCUCGCCUCCCUCUCCGCCGCCCCCGGCCUCGCCCGCGGCCGCCGCUUCCUCUCCUCCUCCUCCUCCGCCGUUUCCGGGCUCCCGCGUAGUAGCUCGCCCGUGGCCGGAGUGGACGAGGCUCGUGGAGCAUCUAGCGGCCGGGGGGUAUGCGGAUCGUCUGGGUGCGGUGUCCUCCGUCGCCAUUGGUGGCAGCGUCGGCGGCGGCGACGAUGACUCGUUUUUCGAUCGAGAGGGUCUCACGGAGGAGUUCAUUAAGACCGCGGGGACGUGCCUUUCAUUUGCUAGGGAUCGACCAGAGUUACUGAGGAUGCUGUCGAAGAAGGAUAUUGAGGUUAUUGUCGAAAAUGGAUCACCACUCGUAUUCAGGAACGGGGACAACUCAAUUAGACGGAUGCGAUCGUUCUUAAAUGGUUCUGAAAGCAAUGUGUUGGAAUCAGAAACGGCGAAAACUGUUGAUAUCAUCCGGUACUUGUUGAGUUACAUAUUUAAUCCUGAUGGUACAGUAGAUGCCAGCAACUCCAAAGCUAAAGAACUUACCGAGGCAUCUGUAAGGAAUCUAUUUGCCGAGUUGGUAAGUGUCAGUGGAACUGUCCGGGCAACCAGCAUUCUUGAGUCAACUAGACAGCCUCCCUUACAACAGCAUGAGCAGCUCUCUAGGCCUCCUGGGCAAAAUAUUGAAAUGAAAAGAGGUGACUGGAUUUGCCCAACAUGUAGUUUCAUGAACUUUGCCAGGAAUAUGAGAUGCCUUGAAUGCAAUGAGGUGCGGCCAAAGAGAGUAUUGACUGGUGGAGAGUGGGAAUGCCCUCAAUGUGACUUCUUUAAUUAUGGGAGGAACAUGUCAUGCUUAAGGUGUGACUGCAAGCGGCCUGGAGAGCUCCCAGUGAACCCUCUCGCCCCAAGUGGCAGUACAGUAUUUAACAGAACCUCAAGUGUUGAACAGAUCCUUAAUGGGAGCAAUGUUCAAUUCAGAAAUAAUUCAGGCAUUGGUGGCCCCUCGAGCGGAACACAAUUUGGACGAUUUAGUGGGGCUGGUUCUGAUAAAUCGUCAAUCAGUGAGACUUUAGACCGAAUUCUAGGUCGUCCCUCAGCUUCAUCUGGAUCAAAUAAUGAAAAUGUUAACUCUUCAGAGAACAGAGAGAAUUUAGUGAACCAAAGGAGAGAUCCAAACCAUGUUCCUUUUGUACCAUUGCCUCCUGAUAUGUUCGCUACGACGCAAAAUACGAACCCUAACACGCAAUCUGCAGAAAAUACAAUUGCCAAUAGAAGUGAGAAAGAAGAUUCGGAUGCUGCUGAGAGAUGGUCGAAGAAAGUUGCUGAGCUUGACAACACGGCGGAUCUUUCGAGCGCAAUAUCCGAUGAGGAUUUUCCAGAGAUAAUGCCCAUGAGGAAAGGUGAGAAUCGGUUUGUUAUUAGCAAGAAAAAAGACCGGUCUUUGACAUCCCCGCAGUACAAAAGGCGCAUUGCCCUUGAGCAAGCAAAUAACUCCAAUUUUGUCCCCUUCGUUCCUUUCCCUCCCGACUAUUUUGCCAAAAAAGACAAGUCCUCGGAAGCUAAUGCUUCUCCAACUGUCGGAUCCACAGAAGGUUCUAGACCACCUGAAACUAAUGGUACUAACUUGUCACAGAAUAACCUGAAUGAGAAGAAGGCUAGUUCGGCUUACGGGACCGCUAAUGAUUCAUCCCAAGAACCCAACACAUCUGGGUACAGUAGAAGCAAUAAUAGUUGGAACAGCGGCUAUUCGACCAACAACACAUUCGGCAGUAGCAGUGGCGGCGGUGUUAGCACUCAACAACCAGAAAGUGCUUCUAAUUCUAAAGAAAGCUGGAACAGGGGCUUUCCUGGGAAGAGCUUGGAAGGAUCCGCUGUUAAGGAUCCUGACCCGUUGGACAUGUCGGAGGAAGCAAAGGCGGAGAGGUGGUUCCGAAGGGCUGCUCAGAUAAAGGAUAUUUCCGAAUUGGCGAACAUUCCCGAUGAAGAUUUCCCGGAGAUCAUGCCGAUGAGGAAGGGCGUGAAUAGAUUCGUCGUGAGCAAGCGGAAAACACCAUUAGAGAGGAGGUUGACAUCUCCGCAGUAUAGAAGAAAUCUACCAAUUGUGAGCUCUGAACCGGAGAAAGAUUCUAAUUGAAGUGUUGGUCAACGUUGUUUCUGCUUCAUCAAGAAUCGUGGGAACAAGCCUGAAAUUAUCUUCAAAUUUUGAUCACAUAAAAGAGUACUUGUGAGACAUAUCUCUCUGGUUUAACUUUUGUUUUCAAAGUAUCGUGUAUCUGGAACAAUAAUGUGGAUGUUAACUUAAAACUUUAUUAUCAUAUGUCGAAAAUUUGGUUUUAGUAUGAAACUUUUUAUGUGCUAUGUAUACGAGAUGUUCAAACUUACGUAUCAGGUAAUAAUUAUUGUUUGGCAUUUUGUUGGCCUCAUAGUCAAUGUAA